AUGUCUCUGAAGCUGGAAAUCGAGACAUGGGUUUCGGCCCUCGGACGAUACGACAACAAUGAAUUCGAUGAGGCGCUCGCCGACUUCGAAAAGAUAGGCGAUACUAGCAGGAUUCUUUUCAACAUGGGUGUUAUUCAUGCCACCCUCGGCGAGCACGAAAAAGCCGUUGAGUGCUAUCAGCGAGCCAUUCGUCUUGACCAGUAUCUGGCCGUCGCCUAUUUUCAACAAGGUGUCUCCAAUUUCCUCCUGGGCGACUUCGAGGAAGCCCUCGCCAAUUUCAACGAUACCCUUCUCUACCUCCGCGGCAACACGAUGAUUGAUUAUGCACAAUUAGGCUUGCUCUUCAAGUUGUACUCCUGCGAAGUACUGUUUAACCGUGGCCUCUGCUAUAUCUACCUCCAGCAGAAGGAGGCUGGCAUGCAGGAUCUGACCUUUGCCGUUAAGGAGAAGGUUGUCGAGGACCAUGAUGUAAUUGACGAUGCGAUCCGCGAAGAAGCCGAUGGAUAUACUGUCUUCUCCAUCCCUGUCGGUGUCGUAUACCGGCCGAACGAGGCCAAGGCUGCCAAGACGGAGGUCAAAGAUGACCGGCCCACUGACAACAUAUCGUUUGCUGCUACCAACUUGGUCAAGCCUGGCAUUCAGUCUCGGAGACAGCAAUCAGAGCCACCAAGCACCAGCCGCAAUGUAUUCCCUCCCACCCCCCCGCCAGAGAACGAUCGUGGCCCGUCACGCGGCGCUUCAGUCCGCAAUGGUGGCAGGCCCACGCUCGCGAGAUUAAACAUUCAACCGCAAGAGUCUAAUCGCAAAUACGAAAAGGCUUUCUCCCCAGACGACGGCCGACCCAGUGCCACACGGUCUGCGUCGAGUGCCCUGCCUUCCCGAGGUUUCUCUCAAAGAGAGCCGCCGCCACUGCAGCGCCGACCCACCAAGACGAUUGAAGAAGAUACCUACGCCAACAGCGACGUGUACGACAUGUACGCCGGCCGCAAGGAGAGAGAAUCGAGAGGCGGCAGCAGACAAGAACAACGCCGACGGCCGUCACAGCGAUAUGAAGAGGAGGAGGAUGCGCCAUCAGACUAUGACGACGGCUCCUUGGAUGGAGCGGAGUUUGAAAUGGUCUCCAACAACCGACGCGGUCCCGGCUCCAUGUCCAAUGGCUCACGCAACACAUCAAGACGACCCGAUGUUCGCAAGUUUCGAGUCAAAGUCCAUGCCGAAGAUGUCCGCUACAUCAUGAUUGGCGGUGCCGUCGAGUUUCCUGACUUUGUCGACCGCAUCCGAGACAAGUUUGGCAUGCGCCGCCGCUUCAAGAUUAAGAUCAAGGACGAAGACAUGCCCAACGGCGACAUGAUCACCAUGGGCGACCAAGAUGAUUUGGACAUGGCUAUGUUGAGUGCUAAGGAGGCCGCAAAGAGGCAAAGGCAGGAGAUUGGAAAGAUUGAGGCAAGUCUGGCCCGAGGAGCAUCCUACUCUCUCACCAAGUCGUCAGCCGCCGCUUAUCUCGUGUUCGGUGUGGAUUUUUGA